CUUGUGUUUUUUCCCCAGAGCCGGAGCACGAGCUGCUGCUGUGGCCCCCCCCCCCACCAAGGUGGUGAUUCUGCAGCCUGGACCAAGUCUGGAACCGGCUCCAUCUGAUCUGGAUCCAGGGCUUUGGGGGGUGAACCCGGCUCCAUCUGAUCCAGAUCCAGGGCUUUGGGGGGCGCAUUCCACAGAGACAGAGUGCACGUGUUGGUGAUGUCAUGGCGUGUGACGGCGCCUGUGCGGAGCUCCGCCUCCUCCACAGUCCGUGGCUUCCUGUUUACAUCGGCGGAUUCCGCUUCCUGUCCAAGAGCUGGUUCGGGUCGUCCGAGUACCACGUCCUGCUGACGGACAUGAAGUGUGUGUGGGAGGAGAGGAUGGGGACCGCCCACAUCCAGGAGCGAGCUCAGGAGUUAAACCGGCGUUUACGAGCUCCGGUCUCUGCGUUUUUUUCCCAUCUACGCCAAGUGGCCGAGCCGUGUCUGACAGGAAGCAGCGAGCUCCGCCUCCUCCACCCCGAGGCUCAGAUGUCCUUAAGGCGUCAGGAGGGCGGGAACAUCCACCUGAAGCUGAAGAGCGAGCUGGGGGGGCUGCCCUUCCACUGGGAGUUCCACUGCAGCCCCGCACCCGUCACUGUGGUACGCUCCACUGCAGCCCCCGCACCCGUCACUGUGGCCUGUGCUCAGCUGCUGCGCCCCCUGUUCUCAAUCAGUGUUGUGCUGCAGCGGCAGGUGGAACAGCUGGGUUCCCUGUUGGUCCAAAAGGACAAGGAGAUCCAGGACUACAGGGAGAACGGAGCUACACUGAGCAGAGAGCGUCUGCAGACAGAUGUUUUCCAGGAGCAGCUGUACAAAGACGACUUCAUGGCAAAGGUCGUCUGCGUCUUCAUCUUCAUUGGCGUCUUCAUCUUUAUCAGUAUCUUCAUCUUCGUCGGCGUCUUCAUCUUCGUCGUCUGCGUCUUCAUCUUCAUUGGCGUCUUCAUCUUUAUCAGUAUCUUCAUCUUCGUCGGCGUCUUCAUCUUCGCCUCUGUGGUCUGGCUGCACCCGUCGGCCGCCGUUGGCCACUGGGCCCAGCCCCCCGCGCCCGGACCAGCCCAGUGCGGCAUCCCACAAAGGCAUCAUGGGAGUUUAGAGCAGCGUCAGAGCAGCGACACCAAACCCAUGCAGAGCAGUGGAUGCAGAUGA